AUGUCUUUGUACCCGUGGCUGCGGAACGAGCACGGAGAGCGAAAGUCAGCAGGAGACGUGGAUGUCCAGAGGUACGUGCCGCUGCUGCUGACCACAGUGAGAGCACAGCCGCUGCCCAGUCCCAGCGGGAACCCCAGCCCAGCCCGGGGAGCUCCCGCAGCGUCGGCAGCUCAGCGGACGCGGUGCCGGGGCCGCAGCCCCGGGGACACGCCCGCCCAUUUCUCCGAUUUUCACCUGGAACCGGACAAGAAAAUAGCAACAGCCCUGGCGACGAGGGCACCGCGCCGGGCACGGCCCCGCCGCUCCCACUGCCCACGCCGAGCGGCCGGGGAGCAGCGCUGCGCCCCGCAGGGGCCGCACGCAAAAAGUGCGGACAGCGCUUUGCUUGCUCGUGAGCAAGAGACCGCGGCGCGGGGCGAGCGAGCAGCAGGGGCAAGUUGCAAGACUGCCGCAAGGAAGAGUUACAAUCUGGUGAAGAGGAAGCUAAACAAGACGGUGCGUGUGGCGCGGCUGCGGGAGGAAGAGAUGCUCCGUGACUCCGCUUCGGCCCCGGAGCGCAGCGGCCCCGCGGCCCCCGCCCCCGAGCUGCCGGUGUCCCCUUCGAAAGAGGCAACAUCUGGGGAUACCCGGCCCGGGGCGGUUGAGGAGCGGCCGCGGGCCGUUUCUGGCGCCGGGCCGAGCGCUGACAGCCGCGUGUCGCCGGCAGGGAAGGCGCAGCAGGGCCUGACGGAGCGCUACCGGGUGGGCUCGCUGCUGGGGCGCGGCGGCUUCGGCAGCGUGUUCGCGGCGACGCGGCUCUCGGACGGCGCCCCGGUGGCCAUCAAACGGGUGCCACGGAACCGCAUCCGUCAUUGGGGCGAGCUGCCCAACGGCACCAGCGCACCACUCGAGGUCGUGCUGCUGGACAAGGUGUCCACCGGCUUCCCUGGUGUGGUGCAGCUCCUCGAGUGGCUCGAGCUCCCCAACAACGUGGUGCUGGUGAUGGAGCGGCCGGAGCACUCUCAGGACCUGCUUCGUUUUAUUCGAGAGCGGGGCUUCCUGUCAGAGGAGGUGGCACGGGAGCUCUUCCGCCAGGUCCUGGAGGCCGUGCGGCACUGCACCAGCUGCGGGGUCCUUCACAGGGACCUGAAACCAGAGAACAUCCUGGUUGACCUGGCCACCGGCCAGGCCAAAUUGAUUGACUUUGGCUGCGGCACCCACCUGCAAGACACAGCCUACACCCGCUUUGCAGGAACACCAUCGUACAGCCCCCCGGAAUGGAACCACUUUGGCUGGUACUACGGCGAGGCAGCUACCGUCUGGUCCCUGGGCAUCGUGCUGCACCAGAUGGUCUGCGGGCAGCACCCGUUCCCGAAGGGCCGGAACAUCAGCUGGGGCCAGCUGUCGCUCCCACAACGGCUCUCUCAAGACUGCAAGGAACUCAUCAGAUGGUGUCUGUCCCUGCACUCCUUGGACAGGCCCUCAUUAGAAGACCUGUCGUGUGAUCCUUGGCUGCAGGAUAUUCACCAUCCGUAGAAGAAGGGAGAGAGCCACAGGCACACUUUGAUCCAGGGAGCCGCCGCAGGGAAGAAGGAGCCCCUGGAGAAGCUGUGCCAGGUGGGGCUGCUGCGUCUGGAGACAUGGAGGACGACGUCAAGGAUGACGAGCUCUUCCU